CAGACGCAAGCCCACACGAACCCCAAUCGGAUCAAACCCCGCACGAGAGGAAUAAACCGGCGGUCCACCCCGCGAUGCAGGCGCAGAGAUCACCGGCGAUGGCGGGGGGAGGGCCCGGGUCGGCGGCCGGGUCGCCGUCCCCGGCGACGGUGCCCGUGAGGCGGCGCUGCGAGGGCACGGCCAUGGGCGCCGUCACCCUCGACCUCCGCCCCGGCGUCGGCGUCGGCCCCUUCACCCUCGGGAUGCCGAUUUCGGAUGCGUUUGCCCAGAUAGAGCAUCAACCCAACAUUUAUGAUGUUGUCCACGUUAAGUACUUCGAUGAGGAGCCACUGAAGCUGGACUUCGUCAUAAGCUUUCCGGACCACGGGUUUCAUUUACGAUUCGAUCCUUGGUCGCAGAGGCUCCGGCUCAUAGAGAUUUUUGAUGUUAAGAGACUGCAAUUGAGAUACGCGACGUCUUUGAUUGGCGGUCCAUCAACGUUGGCCACUUUUGUGUCUGUUUAUGCACUAUUUGGUCCGACUUUUCCAGGCAUAUUUGAUAAAGACAGGGGCAUUUAUACCCUCUUCUAUCCAGGUUUAUCAUUUGCAUUCCCUAUUCCAGGCCAAUAUACAAAUUUCUUCAACAAUGGGGAAGUGGCAGAUUUGCCCCUGGAAUUUUCCGAUGGAACAACCCCUGUUACUUGCCGGGUGUCUAUAUAUGAUAGCUCAACAGAUAGCAAGGUUGGGGUUGGGUCGUUGAUGGAUAAGGCAGUGGUGCCUGCAUUACCAUCUGGCAGUCUAUAUAUGGAGGAAGUGCAUGCAAAGCUUGGUGAAGAGCUUUGGUUCACUAUUGGGGGUCAACAUAUUCCUUUUGGAGCAUCACCACAGGAUAUCUGGACUGAGUUGGGUCGUCCGUGCGGUAUCCACCAGAAGCAGGUUGACCAAAUGGUAAUACACUCUGCAUCGGACCUCCGGCCCCGGACUACUCUUUGUGGAGACUACUUUUACAAUUACUUCUCGCGUGGUAUAGAUAUCUUAUUUGAUGGACAGACACACAGGAUAAAGAAGUUUGUUUUACAUACAAACUUCCCCGGCCAUUCAGAUUUCAAUUCGUACAUGAAAUGCAACUUUGUUAUCUACGAUCCUGAAGGUGAAGGGGCACAGCAGCCUGGUAAUGUUUCAAAGAAUUGCAUAACACCUCGUACGAAAUGGGAACAAGUCAAGGAGAUCCUUGGUGAUUGCGGUCGAGCAGCAAUCCAGACACAAGGCUCCAUGAAUAAUCCAUUUGGAUCAACUUUGGUGUACGGAUACCAAAAUAUCGCUUUUGAGGUGAUGAAAAAUGGAUACAUCGCAACCGUCACUCUGUUCCAGUCAUGAGUACCGGCGUUGCACCUGAUGUACCCGGCAUGAUAAAUCCGCCGAGAAGCAUGCCCGUUCUUUACGUGUAAAUUAAUCUUGUAUAUUCUACUCAUUUGUACAGGAACUAUGUUCCUUGGUCUCUCUGUAAAUAUUGGUCGUCACUAACAUUUAUCACUAAACUAUGUGUUGGUGA